GUGAUUGCUAUUGAUUUUUCCGCCGGGACUCGCGCUCGGUUGGAUAUAGAGUUUCACUGUGAUUGCUCACAUUCCGUAACGGAUUUCGUCUUGUUGUACGGUGUGUGCGGGUCUCUCUGAUAUGCACAGUGUAUUAAUGUUACCUUAGGGUCGCAAUACCGUCGCUUCAGCUUUUUAACAUAAACAUUGUUAAGUUGUGUUCUUGGCUAUAGAGAAUGAUAUUAAGAUAAAUCUGUAAAAUCAACACAUAAACACAUAAACGAUCUUGUUUCAAGCGCGAUGGGCGUUUCGUGUAGUAGUAUGAUUGUGACUGGGUCUGUUAUUUGGAUUCCCACUGGAUAUAAUUAGAUCGAUUUUACAGGUUUCACGUGUCAGACAACGGCAUAGCAUUCUGCCAUCAUGCCGGCCUUCGUCACUGUCGACAAUGUCACUGUGGACUUGAACAACUACACCUGUUCCUACAAGGGUAUUAUACUUCCGCUAGUUAGCGAAUACACAUGGUCGGUCGGGGGCCGCGCCUUCCUGUACCUGGUUGGUAUGUUGUGGGUGUUUCUCGCAGUCGCCAUCAUCGCGGACGUUUUCAUGUGCGCCAUCGAGCGCAUCACAUCAAAGACCACGAUCGUUCGCGUCCCGGAUCCGAACGCUGACGGCGGUGUUCGAGUUAUGGAGGUGAAAGUAUGGAACAACACUGUUGCUAAUCUGAGUUUGAUGGCUCUUGGAACCAGCGCGCCGGAAAUCCUGUUGUCCGUCAUUGAGACCUUUGGCAAUGGUUUUCUAGCGGGAGAACUAGGCCCGGGAACUAUUGUAGGUUCUGCGGCGUUCAACCUGCUCGUUAUUUCCGGUAUAUGCAUCAUGGCGGUCCCAUCGCCGGAAACCCGGCGUGUAAAGCAGAUAAAAGUGUACUGCGUGACAGCGUUCUUCUGCAUCUUCGCGUACGUGUGGAUGGCGAUCGUUCUUAUGGCCUCCUCGCCCAACAUUGUUGAGGUCUGGGAGGCGGUGGUCACCUUCGUUUUCUUCAUCAUUCUCGUUGUAGUGUCGUACCUGGCCGAUCGAAACUUUUGCAUGGGUGAGAAGGAGAGGCAACCGGAUGGAGCGGUCGGCUUUGCCUUAGUCAACAGCAGUGGUGACGAGGAGGCUCAGCAGACGGAAGAGGAGGAGUCAGAGAAUGAGAAGUUGCGGCGAAUAGCGCGGAAUUUGAGUCACGAGGUACGAGACGGUGACCUCACGGAGGCGGAAGCCGCCCGGCUCGCCAUUGCCAAGGCCAACGAGAACACCAGCCAUAAUAGGCUCUGGUACCGGGUCAACGCUACACGCAUGCUUGCUGGCGGCCGGAGACUGAUUCCGAAAGUCCUCUCAAAUUUUCAAGAGCUGUACGACCACAUUCAGCUUGCACCACAAGAGCGCAUGGACAAGGACCACACCCCACGUGGUAAUGACCACACCGCCGGCGGCACAAAGGCCGUCGUGGAGUUCACUGCCGCCGCCAUUAGCGUCCUUGAGAACGAGGGAAAGGUCAGGAUCGGAUUGCGGCGCUACGGCAAGACAGAAAUACCAUGCACUGUUCACGUGGAGACAAUCAACGGCACCGCGCUCGCCAAUGAGGACUACAAACACUUCAGCGAUGACGUCAAGUUCGCUCAGCACGAGGAGCUCAGACAGAUCUAUAUAGAGAUUGUGGACGACAUGGAGUGGGAGCCAGACGAGUUCUUCUUCGUGAAGCUUUCCAUCCCCGAAAAGGAGGACGGAAGUCAUAAGCAUAUUGCCAUUGGUGACAUCUCCAUCAACCAAGUCACCAUCAUCGACGAUGAUGAACCGGGAAAACUUGAAUUCGCAAGACCCAGUUUGGUUGUCAAGGAAAGCCACUACGUUGCUAGGAUACCUGUGAACCGCGUGAACGGAUGUGAUGGUCACGUGAGUGUCAAGUGGAUCACCUCGGACAUCACCGCUAAGGAAGGCACUGACUACACAGGCAAGGAAGGCUUGCUGGUGUUUGACAACCAGGAAAGCAACAAAACCAUCGACAUACCUUUGUUUGAAAGCAAGAAGAAGGAAAGGGACGAAUGUUUCGCCAUCGAGCUCGGGGAAUGUGACGGCGGGGCGCAGGUCGGCAAAAUCAAGAAGUGUAUAGUCAGCAUCGUCAAUGACGAAGAUUUCGAUGGGAUCGUAAGUCGUCUGAUGAACAUGACGAAGGCCAACAUAGGCGGCAUGGCGCUGGAGUCCUCCACGUGGCUUCAACAGUUCCAUGACGCUAUGAACGUCAACGGAGGUGACACCGAGAACGCCGCCUUCAUUGACUACGUGCUGCACUUCCUGUCGUUUGGCUGGAAGAUUAUCUUUGCCUUCAUCCCGCCCGCGAAGUAUCUUGGUGGCUGGCCAACAUUCUGGGUUUCACUGGCGAUCAUCGGAAUCCUUACGGCCAUUAUCAACGACCUCGCGGCCACCUUUGGAUGUCUGAUCGGCCUGCCAGACGCCAUUACCGCCAUCACAUUCGUUGCCUUGGGGACCAGUAUGCCAGACACGUUCGCCAGCAAGACCGCCGCCAUGAAUGAAAAGACCGCCGACAGCUCCGUCGGUAACGUGAACGGAAGUAACUCCGUCAACGUUUUCCUCGGUCUUGGGUUGCCGUGGUUGAUUUCCAGUAUAUACUGGGCUGUUAAGGGCAAACAAUUUGAAGUUCCGGCCGGCUCAAUGGGGUUCUCGGUGGUGGUGUACGUUGUGGUGGCGCUCAUGGCCCUGGCGCUACUUGCGGUGCGGCGGUACUCUGUCGCCUUUGGGCGCGCCGAGCUUGGAGGACCGCAGAGGACGAAAGUCAUUUCCGGUGUCUUUUUGAUCUUUCUUUGGCUUAUUUAUGUAAUCCUGUCAUCUUUGCAAGCAACAGGUACCAUCAACGUGAACUUUUGAAUAAACUAUUCAAACAUUUAGGUUGAUAAUUUCAUAAAGUAUUUAUACAUGUAUAGUACAUAAUAAUAGUUUGAUAUGGAUUUUUAAACUUUUUGUUGGUUAUGGGAUAUAAUUAUUUUAUAGUAAUAUAAAUACAAUUUUGGAUAUGCACGCGUUCAAAUCAAUGUUAAUAAUAGUAUGUACAGACCUUUGGUCGUGUUUUAAAUGUCUUUUCUUGAGCUAUUAUUGUAGCGCAAGCGUUGUUUAUGUGUCAUUUGUAAAAUACGCAACUUUGCUCUGUGUCGUUUUUAUGUGGGUGGUUUAAGCUCGUAAAUUAAACUCUUUAAACUUUUAAAAUAACGGAAAUUGUGCAUAUUGUUUAGAAGAUACAACCGAGCAAAAAUACCGGUCACCUUCCUAUUGUCAUCUUUAUACAAUACAUUAUGUAUGUGUAAUCAUUUACCAUUGUUUCAUGUUCAUUAAUGGUAUACAUUUAAAGAUAAACAAUAAAUAUGUUACAAGAUUUUUCAAUAGAAAAAUGAUAUUACUUUGUCGUAUAUAUGGUUCUGUUUUACUGCUUUUGUACCUUUUUCAUAGUUUUUUUAACUUCGCUUUAUUUUAUAUGUGUUAAAUAAAGUCCUACUUACACUU